GUACUGCCUGUCUCUCGGCGUGUGCAUCUGUCCUGCUCUCAACCGCAGCCUGCGCUCUACCUUCUGCAGCUCCAGCCUACUCCUGACCGACAGCAUCAUGGCUCUCAGAGGCACCGUGACUGACUUCUCUGGAUUCGACGGCAGGGCUGAUGCCGAAGUUCUUCGGAAGGCCAUGAAAGGCUUGGGCACCGACGAGGACAGCAUCCUGAACCUGUUGACGGCCCGGAGCAACGCUCAGCGCCAGCAGAUUGCUGAGGAGUUUAAGACUCUGUAUGGCAGGGACCUGGUGAAUGACAUGAAGUCCGAACUGACUGGAAAGUUUGAGAAGUUAAUUGUGGCUUUGAUGAAGCCCUCCCGGCUCUACGACGCCUACGAGCUGAAACACGCUCUUAAGGGAGCUGGGACAGAUGAGAAAGUGUUGACUGAAAUCAUUGCCUCAAGGACACCUGAAGAGCUCAGGGCCAUAAAACAAGUUUAUGAAGAAGAAUAUGGUUCCAACCUGGAAGAUGACGUGGUGGGGGAUACCUCAGGGUACUACCAGAGGAUGUUGGUGGUCCUCCUUCAGGCCAAUAGAGACCCUGACACUGCAAUUGAUGAUGCUCAAGUUGAACUGGAUGCUCAGGCAUUGUUCCAGGCUGGAGAGCUGAAGUGGGGGACGGAUGAAGAAAAGUUCAUCACCAUCCUUGGGACACGCAGUGUGUCUCAUUUAAGAAGAGUGUUUGACAAGUACAUGACAAUAUCAGGAUUUCAGAUUGAGGAAACCAUUGACCGAGAGACCUCGGGGAACUUGGAGAACUUACUCCUGGCUGUCGUGAAGUCUAUUCGGAGCAUACCUGCCUACCUUGCAGAGACCCUCUACUAUGCUAUGAAGGGUGCUGGGACGGACGAUCACACCCUCAUCAGAGUCAUAGUGUCGAGGAGUGAGAUUGAUCUGUUUAACAUCAGGAAGGAGUUCAGGAAGAACUUCGCCACGUCCCUGUACUCUAUGAUCAAGGGCGACACAUCUGGAGACUAUAAGAAGGCCCUGCUGCUCCUCUGUGGAGGCGAGGAUGACUGAGGAGCUGCCUGGAGUGCCCUGGGCCCGCCUGCUGCCCAUCAGCUUCCUUCAGCACCACGCCUGCUUGCGUCCAGUGCCUGCCUGCCUGCCACGCUGCCUUACUCACACGAGUGUGUGCUAAUGACCAAAGCUGCCUCGGAUGAAAGCAGUGUUCUGCUGUUCUGUCUGACAUAGACCUUCCCAUGUCUCUCAGUCUAAUAUCUCUAGGUUGCUUUUUCUAUCCUCUUCUAAAGCUUCAUUUAUAUUAAGUUAAUAACCAUAUUACCUUGAUCGGAACCUUAGCCAUGAAAUUGUGAACUCUUGGAAAUGCUGUCCAUCAAGCUUAGCGCUCUAGCUGACCCGAAAAAUUAAGAUGGUCGUCAUAUUAGAAACGUUGCCGACAAAUAAACAUUCCCGUCCCUCCAAA